ACAAGUGACAUCGGGCUCAUGGUGAAAGGCCGCAGACCGGAAGUUUAAAAGGCUCAUCUGCCCAUGGAAAGCACUCACUUAGACCUCGACACACAUCGACAUGUUCGUUCGAUUCUUCACUAUUUUUGUCAUCUUCCUUCUCUUUUCCAAAGCCUAUGUAAUGGCCGCUGUUAUGACUGCUGUUCAGAACACAACCUCAUCCAAUUCGACUAGUUGUGGUGACGGAGAGCGUCGCUGCUGCAUGGAGGAUUCGUCCCUGCCUGGGAAUGUUAAUGAUGAGGAGUGCCAAAGCUGCUCAGGGAAUUGCUCAAAUGGCUACGUACCAUCUUGUUGCUACGUCGAUGCCAAGUUGAUGAACUAUUAUUACUGCGAAGAGGAUAUGUCAAGUUGACAGGAGGCUUUCAGGUGUUUUAAAGCACGGCACAUGAAGGGCAUUCGUCGCGUUAGACUUUUAAAUGAAUUAUACCAGAAUUUUGUAUUGAAUACAUAGUAUUCCACUCCGGGAAAAAAUGACUCGAAC